AUGCUGGCUGCUAGUGUUACUGCUUUCUGCGGCCUUCAUUAUCUACUGAUUAAUGAUGAUAAAAUUUGCUAUUGGUUUUCGGCAGGACAUCGAUUAAAGUCACGAAUUGAAUGCAGUAGCCGUUGUGGCUUGGUUAGAAUUCCGGCUCGGAUUAGGCCAUGGGAACUUGGCUUGCAAUCACAACCUAGUGUAGGAAGAAGUAGAAAACAAUCUUCAUCCAUUGCAUGCACCGCAACUGCUUUGCAGAAUGCAACUUGCAGUGCAUCAGGACAAACUCAAACUGUUACUCGUGAGGCACCAAUUAUCACCCAAGCUCCUGUUCAUUCAAAGGAGAAGUCACCGCAGCUAGAUGAUGGUGAUUCAGGAUUUCCUCCCCGUGACGAUGAUGGUGGUGGAGGUGGCGGGGGAGGUGGUGGGGGCAACUGGUCAGGUGGAUUCUUCCUUUUCGGAUUCCUCGCGUUUUUAGGCUUCCUAAAGGAUAAAGAAAGCGAAGAAGAUUACCGGGACAGUCGAAGAAGAUGAUGAGAGAUUCUCUACAUAUUGAUAACAUUUUUAAAAUCUAUAUUGCAUGUUGUUCUUCAUGUUAUAUACUUUUGAGAACCCAUUGCAUAUCGUUCUUCAUGAUAUAUUUCUAUUUUUGGAACCAAUUAUAUAUUUGAACUAUUUGUAGACUUAAUCCAAACAUGUAAAUAUAUUUAGUUAAAAAAGGACUAAAUUAAAUAUCA